GCAUUAGCCAACAGCCCCGAUUCAGGGUCAGCCCACCUCGGCGGUUACUGAUACCGCCGGAAGCUAUUUCAGUACUACCUCCACAUCUGCACGAAUGUCGCAAAACGUGUAGACAACCAUACUUCGGUCUUUUGUGUGACAGAUGGCGAGACGAGACUUCCAAAAGCCUGUCAAAUCUGCAUCGCCGACAACGAUCUUGCGCCGAAGCGAACGUUUUCGGCGACGUGAAAGUGCAAUCGAGCGACGGGAUUCCUGUCAACGGCACCCUCUCCCAUCUCCUACGUCCUGCACUUCGAGUGCGCGAGCACUCUCCAGGAAAAGACAGCGUGGUGUUCUGGACGAACUAGCGGAAGAAAGAGGCAGCACCAAGCGAAGACAAACCGCAAGAGAGUCUUUUCGAGCGCAGCCAGUCACUCACAACCCUGUCGCGUAUUGGGUUGCGACGAGCACUUGGCCGGACCCCACCUCAGAAGAAGCUGCGAUGGCGACGGCAGAUGUGCGUAGGAACAACCGAAGGAGUUCGUCUUCACAUCAUUCAGAUCGGCGGGAACGUCUGGAAGACAACGGAAUAUACAUGAAGACAUCCGUCCUUCUUCGGCGCGAGAGCAAGGAAUUCUGUAACGUUCUUCUUACCGGAGACCACAUUCCUGUCCCGAAUCCGGGCUACCCUGCCGAGAAGACAGACGACGUGCUCGAGCGGAUUAGUGGACUGAACGAGGCUCGACUGCAGCGAGACGUGACGCCGUGGGUCGUACCGUCCGUGGAGAACCUUUUCUUCUCCGGCUGUGUCGAGUACGCCUACCUGGGUGAAGAAGUACAGGCGGAAUGGAUGCGGUGCGAACCAAUGGGAGUGUCUAGGCCGAAGCCAGACUUUGUCGUCGGACUGCGCCGAGCCGCGUUCGAGAAGCAUGAGCUCAUUAAAUUGGACAAUUACGCCACCCCACAGGGACCCUUCCACUUCACUCCGGACCUUUGCUUUCCGUUCCUGACAUGCGAAGCUAAGACGGGACAGGUCGGGCUCGAUCAAGCCCACGUCCAGAACAUUCACAGCGCUAGCAUUGCCGUGAGGGCGAUUGUGAAGCUUUUUGUUGCUGUCUAUGGCAGGGGACACGAGAGGACGGAAAACCUACUUGGUCGCAUCCUGGUCUUCUCUUUGUCGCAUAAUAACGAACAAGUCAAUCUGUAUGGGCAUUAUGCUGUUGUGCACAAUAAUAGUGGUGGCGGAGCAGAAGACUUCGAGUACUUUCGCUACGGCAUAGCCAACUUCAACUUCACACCGUACGAUGGAAGGGAGAGAUACAAGGCUUACAGUUUCACGAAGAAUUUGUAUGACAAGUUCGCACCUCAACAUCUUGCACGGAUUCGAGAGGCUGUGAGUCGGAUGGCCGAUCCAGUUCCACGGACUGGGCUGUCUUUUGACGCAUCCGAGAUCACGCUUGACUACGAGAACUCGCAGCAGGACUCGGAGCUUACGGCAUCACACGGUGAUGACGUGUUCAAGACACCGAGCGAGCCCGCCAGCGUCUCGCAGAAGAGAGAGAACCGCCAAAUGAAGGAACAACUGGAGAACAUGGAGCGCAUACUGGAGCAGCUGAGGAGGGACAAUCGGGAGCAGCUGGACCAGCAGAGGAAAGACAGUCGGGAGCAGCUCGAACAGCAGAGGAAAGACAGUCGGGAGCAGCUCGAACAGCAGAGGAAAGAGAGCAGAGACAGGGAAGAGAAGAUGGAGUGGCAGUUGGAACAGCAAAAGAAAGAAAGCAGAGACCAGCUCGCGCAGCUUAAGGAUGUGUUGAGUAGACCUUAGGAGGUCGACGAGCAAUGCCGUUCUAAAUCGAGCUAUCAGUCGUGCGGCCGGCUCUCUCAACGGUGUAGAGACCAUUGACGGGCCGCUUGUUAUCUUUGAAGGAAUGAAGACAAAGGCCUCCAUGAGAUCAACUGUAAUAAUGUGGACUCGUAGGCAUAAGUAACGUACAAGAUGCGGCGCCAAGCCGUAGAUCUCCCAAGAUCAGGCCUUCCGUCUUGUGGUUGCAAUUUACGGCACGGCAGGACAGCUUAACUCACUAGUCCUUUGAUUGUUCUCAAUAUGCGAAGCAUUA